CACAACCGUGUAUUGACUCCCGACACCUUACGGAGAUUGACGGACUUUAACGAAUAUAAAUACGUUUCAUUUUUCAUGGAAGUUGAAAUCGAACACCACACAUAUUCGGUGAUUUUAUUUGUUUGAAAUAGAACUUCGACCCGACAAGAAAUGGCUGCCACCAAAUCUGGGUCAGUGAAAUCAAAGUCCAGCAAGCUAGUUGUAGCAGCGAUUGACUUCGGUACGACAUUUUCUGGAUAUGCCUUUGCUUUGAGACAUGAUUUUGAGGCAGACCCACCGAAGAUAAGUGCCAAUACAUCAUGGAUCGCCGGUGGUCAGCUUAUCUCACUGAAAACGCCGACUGUUUUGUUGCUAGACCCCGAACAAAACUUUGAGGCUUUUGGAUUUGAUGCUGAAGACAAAUAUGCUGAGCUUGCCGCUGAAAAUGACCACAAAGGAUACUUCUACUUCCGGAGAUUUAAGAUGAAGCUGUACAACUCAACGCACCUUAAACGUGACACAAUGUUAGAAGAUGAGCAGGGAAAAAAAAUGAAUGCGAUAAAAGUGUUCAGCAUCUGCAUCAAAUACCUCAUGGAGCACUUUAUGAAGACAGUUAAGAACAGGGUUACAGAUGUAUCUGACAAAGACGUCGACUGGGUGCUGACUGUACCAGCUAUAUGGAAUGACAGUUCGAAACAGUUUAUGAGAGAGGCCGCUGAAAUGGCUGGCAUCAAGAAAGACUCUUUAACUAUUGCACUGGAGCCGGAAGCUGCUUCUUUAUUUUGCAUGCAUCUUCCCGUCGAACAGUUGAACAUGAGCGGUGCCUCUAUGAGCCAGUCCCAAAUGUCACCUUUCUCCACAAGUCAACGCUAUAUGGUGGUCGACGUUGGAGGUGGCACAGUGGACAUCACCGUUCAUGAGGUGGUGGGGAAGGGACAGCUCAAGGAGCUUAACUGGGCCAGUGGUGGAGCAUGGGGAGGCACUCGCGUUGACGCCGCGUUCGAGGACUUUAUAAGGAAACUUGUUGGAAAGGAAGUUUUUGAGGAGUUUAAGAAGACAUGCGUUGAAGAUUUUGUUGAACUUCAAAGGCAAUUCGAGACAAAGAAACGUAGCAUAAAACACGACAAAACAGGAAAAGAAACUAUCCAAAUCCCGGUUGCUUUGACAGAACUGUAUAACAAAAAGACAAAGAAGGACAUGGGUGACGCGGUAAAGCAAUUCCAAGGCAAUCUGGCUUGGACUGCUGGGAAAUUGCGUGUAAAUUGCGACUUGAUGCGAGGAUGGUUUAAAGAAACCUGUGAUAAUACAGUUAAACAUGUACGGGAACUUUUUCAACAACCUGCAAGUUCUAGUUGCAAGACCAUACUUCUUGUUGGUGGAUUUUCUGAGUCGCCGUUGCUGCAACAAGCUCUUCGAGAUAAUUUUCCCGACAAGCGGCUCAUCGUUCCUGAAGAAGCUGGACUUGCGGUGCUCAAAGGCGCCGUUUUGUAUGGCCACGACCCGGUCACGAUAGUCUCCAGAGUUGCAAAAUGCUCGUACGGCAUCCGUGUCUACCGGGAUUUUAUUGAAGGAACGCACCCCAAUUCCAAAAAGCAAAACAUUGGCGGCAGAAUCAAGUGCAAGGAUGUCUUUGCCCGUCAUGUUAAGAAGGGUCAAGAAUUGAUCGCGGGUGAGCCACAAUCUUCCCAACGCUAUACCCCACUUGAAGCAGACCAGCUCUCGCUUGUCUUCGAUGUAUACACCUCACCGGAGGAAGACCCACAGUAUGUCACUGACGUCGGUAGUGUCCAUAUAGGUCAGCUUGAGGUUGAUGUUCCGGACUCGGGCAAGGAGCGAGGAGUUUGGGUCAAAAUGAUCUUCGGGGGAACUGAACUUACCGUGCAUGCAACCGAUGAAAAAACACAAAAGGUGUCCAAAGCCAGCUUUGAUUUCCUACAGUGAAACUAAACUUUGAAACAUUACUACAUAUUAUUCUUAAAUUAAGGUCGUGUAUUGUGAAUGUAAUUUGGAACGUUGUGUUUUUAAAGCCUAUUGCUUGUAAGGUUCUUUAAAUAGUUUUGUUAUUACCGCUUUACUGUUUUAAUGAAAUAAAUAACGACAAAUGAA